ACUGACUGACACUCCACUGCCCACCCAGAAAUGCAUGCUGUCAAUAGGUUUGAAUAACUGUAAAUGCUCUGUAUCAAUGAGCAUGGUUACAUCCAUACAAUAAUGUGAUUAUUGUGGAUAGUCAGGUUAAUAUAAUAGUUUGUUUAAAACGUUUACAUGCUUUGCAAGAAGAACGAUUUCCCUAAUAAUCCUGUUUGUAUGGACACAUCUGACAUCAGUCUACUUGAUGGGACUUUUGAUGAAUGCUGAAAAUCACCAAUCAAAUUAAACGUUCUACUACAGUGACCAUGUUAUUUUUGUUCAGACUAUUUGAUUCAGACAUAUAAAGUUUGUAUGUGAAAACUAUUUAUAAGAUGCAUACUUUCAGUUUUUUCGAACUCACUUCACUCGAGCAUAAGAGAGAAGCUUGCGCUACCCGCUGCUGACGCCACCCGCUGCUGACGCCACCCGCUGCUGACGCCACCCGCUGCUGACGCCACCCGCUGCUGACGCCACCCGCUGCUGACGCUACCCGCUGCUGACGCUACCCGCUGCUGACGCUACCCGCUGCUGACGCCACCCGCUGCUGACGCCACCCGCUGCUGACGCUACCCACUGCUGGCACAUGUGCAGAUCAAAUACCCCACUGGAAUGCCAACUUAGCUGUUUACAUGUCCUAAUAUUUAGAAAAGAUUGCUCAGAAAACCAGGUGUUUUAAUCUGCGUAUGCUUACUUCCAUUAUGACCUUACGCCGAUUAAGAUAAACAGAGUUAGGUGUUUACAUGACGAAUGCCGUACUCUGCCUUCUGCCAUAAUCAGUUUAAUAUUGAAUUAUUAGUGUGUAUGUGAACAUACUCAAUGGAGAGUAACUGUUGUCUGUCUGUCUCUCUGUCAGGGUCUGUACCAGAGCUUGGUGCUGGAUUCUCAGAGGAACAUCCUGGCUGUGUUGGAGGACAUGCCGUCCCUCCACCCUACCAUAGACCACCUGUGUGUACUCCGACAUGGUGAGCAUCUGUGCGGUGGUGGUGGAGUUCCAGACCAGCACAGGGCGGAGCUUCAAGGGAGUGGCCACCAACUGGCUGAAGAACAAGUUGGUGGUGACGGACAACGGCCACAAGGCCACGGUGCCCAUGUACGUCCGCAAGUCCCAGUUCCGGCUGCCCUUCAAGGCCAGCAACCCGGUGGUGAUGAUUGGGCCCGGCACAGGCAUCGCCCCCUUCAUGGGCUUCCUCCAGGAGAGAGGCUGGAUGAAGGAGCAAGGGAAGGAUGUCGGCGGGACGAUACUGUACUUCGGCUGUCGCCACAGAUAUCAGGACUUAAUGUACCAGCAGGAACUGGAAGAGUUUGAGAAGGUGGGCGUGCUGACUCAGCUCAACGUGGCCUUCUCCAGAGACCAAGAGGAGAAGGUGUACGUCCAGCAUCUCCUGAAGAAGAACAAUGAACACCUGUGGAAGCUGAUCCAUACUGACAAUGCUCACAUCUACAUUUGUGGGGAUGCUCGGAACAUGGCGCGGGACGUGCAGAAUGCCUUCUAUGAUAUUGCUGAGGAGGUGGGAGGCCUCACACACACACAGGCUGUGGCUUACAUCAAGAAGCUGAUGACAAAGGGCUGCUACUCUCAGGAUGUGUGGAGCUAAAGAAGAUGAAGCUAAUGUUACAUCACACACUCAUAAACCCCUAUGUUAACCUAAUUAAUUCUGGUGGAGGGUGAGUGGUAACGGUGAACUGUUUUAGGUCAGCACAUAAUCACUAAAUGGAAAGACGUAUGGAUGAAUGUUUGUUGUACUUAUUGUUUUGGUGUGUAAUCGGUGCAUUUCGGCACCGUAAUCAACUUCAGUGGGAAAAUGCUCACCUUCGAUGAGAACUGGCAUGCUGGAGAAGUGUGCUCUGCACAGAUUAAUCCCAGUUUCAACUGUACUGGGCAGAUGGCAGACAGCGUGUAUGGGGUGGAGUUAUGGUAUGGGCAGGCAGGCAGGCAGGCAUAAGCUACUGACAACAAACACAAUUGCAUUUUAUCGAUGGCAAUUUGAAUGCACAGAGAUACCGUGACGAAGUCCUGAGGGCCAUUGUCCUGCCAUGUUUCAGCAUGAAAAUGCAUGAACCCAUGUCACAUGGAUCGGUACACCAUUUCUGGAAGCUGAAAAUGUACCAGUUAUUCGAUGGCCUGCAUACUCACCAGACAUGUCACCCAUUGAGCAGACUUGGGAUGCUCUGGAUUGACAUGUAUGACAGUUUUUUCCAGUUUCUGCCAAUAUCCAGCAACUUCGCACAGCCAAUGAAGAAGAGUGGGACAAAAUUCCACAAUCAACAGCCUGAUCAACACUAUGUGAAGGAGAUGUCACGCUGCAUGAUGCAAAUGGUGGUCACACUAGAUACUGACUGGUUUCCUGAUCCACACCCCUACUUUUUUUGACAGACACAUAUCUGUAUUCCCAGUCAUGUGAAAUCCAAAGAUUAGGGCCUAAUUUAUUUAUUUAAAUUGAAUGAUUUCCUUUUGAACUGUAACUCAGUAAAAUCUUUGAAAUUGUUGCAUGUUGCGUUUAUAUUUUUGUUCAGUGUACAUUUGGUCCAUGCGCUCCUUUUAAUGUUAUGGACAUUUUUGGAAUAAACCAAUUUGUUUUUUAAAUAAACAGAGUGCAGACCUUCACUGUUUCCCAUCAGAUUAGAAAAGUUGGAGAUAUUAUACAUUGAAUGUUACACAUUGUUUUUGUAAGUGUAAUUAGGAGUAAACAGAGGUGAUUAUGAUAUGAAAUAUUACCUCUGGACGUUUAUCAUGCUGUGAAGUACCCACAAGGUGAAAACAUAUACAUAUAUAUUGUCAAUUAACUUAUCUGAAAUGUCUAAGGCAUUGAAAGCAGUUUAUAUUUGCCUCUAUGUAUUUACAAGUUCAACAUGGCUGACUAUUCAGAUGCACAAAGGUUGUGAGAGAGCAGUGCAAGAUUAGUCAAAUAUGCAAACUAGUAGCAUAUUCAUAUUGUACCAUACUAUACAAUUCAUACAUUCAAAUUGCAGUAACUGUUUAGUCAUUGAGCCUUGUUCUUCAUCGGUUCAUUACAGAAAAGGUAUUCGAUUAAAUGGUGGUUUACUGUAAAAAAUGCCCAGGUGUUUUUUUUCUCAUCCUCUCCGACUGUAAGGCUCAGUGCCUACUAGUUAUGUUUAGCUGGACACUACCUCGGCAUUUAGGCAAUGCAAAAUGUGUUGUAUGGUAUGUGCACUUGCAGUCAACAUGAAUACAUCUAUUGAGUUUGAGUUUAUUUUUUACAGGGACAGUGCACAUUAAUCAACGUUUCAGUAAAAGUGCCGGUUUUAGCCAGCCGGCUAAUUAUUGUAAUUUAUGUGUGUUCUGAUAAUCACUAAUUCUGGUAGAACUUUAUGUAUUUUAUUUUAUUAUGCUGAUGGUUGAAAGCCUAAUUACAAAUGUUCAGCAGUCUAUCAUUUUAGCAUGUCAUUUUGUGUUUCUUUUAAUAUAAAAACCCCUCAACUAUUGUAGUGAUACAGAAUCAAAUAUGACAUGGUACAUGUCAUUUAAAAAAGAAAUGUGCCUUUUUACAUUUUUCUCUUGCAUUACUGAUAUCGUAUAAUGUGUUACAUGACUCUUACCACUUGAUCCAGUUUUAUAUGCAAAAUAUAUAUUUGUAUAUGAACAGUAUAAGUUUAAAGAAUGCAUUUGUAAAUAAAUAAUAAAUGGAGAUCAUUGAUUUCCUUUAUUUAG